AUGGAGCCUCCAUAUAAAUCUCCUUCCUUCUCGCCAUCUCGGACAACCUCUACCUCAUUCCCCCUCAUUCAAACCUCUUCCCGAAGCCAGAGCCAGAGUCACCAACCUAGCUCUGAGGAUCUAUCCAGGUUUGACAGCCAAGAAAGCAAACAAAGAGACCGAAGAAUUUCCCGUCGUUCACGUCGCCAUGGUUCCAAUGAUCGCCAAGUUUCUCCAAAAGGGGAGUCCGCCUCACGGAAUCGAACCCGCCCAUCCCAUUCCCCUCGACAGCGAGAUUCAUCCGCCUUCGAGAACACGAGGUCUUACCGCCAUAAAUACAACAAGUCUCGGGAAAUAAGGUUCCCGAAUCCUAUGAGCCAUUUAGCCUCCUCGGCGAGUGCGAGAGGACUGCUUCCUACGUGGUCAGGCGGGAGGGAUAAGGACCGGGAUGGUGAUGAUGGGUUGCUGAGGCCGAUCACGAGGGAGACAACUAGAAGCCGCUGGGGGUCCGAGUCGACGACGGGAGUGAGUGAUGGUCGGAAAGAGAGUCUAUUUGAUACGCCCGAGCAGCAUGAGCGAUUAGGGCCCAUUCGCCGACACGAGAUUCUAUCGAUGGAUGACCUAGAGAGAGUCAAGAAGCGGAGGAAGCUGGGCGAGGAGUAUCUACGGUCUGCGCUGACUUCCAUCGGGACGUCGGCGACAGACAUCACGCGUCGGUUAGAUUACACCUAUUAUAAUCUGCUCGAGAAGAUAACGGCCCUCAACUCGACUAUCUCGUCCUUCCAGGAGCUAUCUGACUCGGCCGCGACACUUCUCAGCGACUUCGACCGCGAGACAGCCGGGUUAGACCAGGAUAUCCGCAAACAGCUCGAUGACCUCAAAGGGUUUGAGCCACAAAUCCAAAAGGCCGAUGUGUUAGAGCAACGUAUGAAAGCAGGGCGACAACGUGUUGAAGAACUAGGCAAGCGACUCGAGAGAGUACGGCAUGAGAUUGAUAGCUGGGAACAGCGGGAAACAGAGUGGCAAACGCGAACCAGUCGUCGAUUACGUAUCUUCUGGGGGAUUGUCACAAGCGCGGUGCUGGUGCUGGUGCUCGCUUUGGUUCUUCAGAACUGGCCACGGCUCCGGUCUCCUCGCGCCGAGAUGUCACGUUCGAUAGCAUCUCACCAGUUUCCUCCCUCCAUGCCACCCCAAUCCGAGGCGUGGGAUGAGAUGCUUGGUCUUAAGGGCAAAAGCUCAGGGCCCGAUGCAGGGCUUGCUCGAUAUCCUUCCAACCUUGCAGAUCGGCGCGAAAGUCUAGCCAAAGUUAGUCCGAUUUCAACAGCAGUCCGAUCAUGGCAUGAUGCAGCACCUACGGACCAUGAUCCUCUAAGUGUGUUGGACGGAUUAUGA